AAUAGCAUUUUCCUUCACAAUUACCCGAUAAAGAAGAGAGUGGAGCAACUGCCUUUCCUCUUUCCUUAUUCAGGCAAAAAUAAGAUCGCCGGGAUUGAAAGAGACCUUAAGCACGUACUUAUUUUUCUGUAAAGCCCACGAAUUUAUCCAUUUAAAAAACAAAAACCCUUAAAUUAUUGGAUAGUUAAGCAAAAUAUAGCUGAAAUCAUUCGUCAUCUACGUUCAUAAUUGCAUAAACUAUCUGCAAUUCAUACAGUUAACUGUGUUUCGUGUGGAAGCUCACCGAGAUCUCCAUUUUCUUCUACCUUCUUCUAUUCUAACCAAGAGCCAUUUGUGUUUGGCCAAUUGGGUAUCCAUAUUUGGCUGAUCUAGAGGAUUCAUGCAAUAACUAAUCUGGAUUCUUCCGUUCAGGCUUUGAUUUUCUCAUUACAUUUGCUUAGGAGGAGUAAUCCCAGAAGAAAGUGACUGGAAAACAGCUGAAUAGCCGAGGAGCGGUCAACAUCCUGUAAAAACCAUGAAGAUAAUACAGGAAAUUGUGGUUGAAGAGGAGAGAAUUGGUUUUUUGGAUGGAUGAGUUAGGCUGUUGAAUAACCUAGAAAUGAGUCGAUCUCCUUCAUUUUCUGUUAAGCCAGAGCAUAAUUUAAGACCUGAUCCAGAAGCUUUGCAGCAAUGGGUGGUUACUUUUUGUAUCAUUAGAUUUGAUCUUGAACAAGGUCAGCUUAUUGAAGAGUGUUAUCCACCUGGUCUACUCACAAAUGAAGAAGAACUCGAUGUUGCUUUUAGUUCAUUUCCAGAUUCUAUUUCCCAGCACCAGAACCGUUCAAGCAUUCAUGACUGUAUAUUUUUUUUCCGUAUCCGGAGACGGAAGGCUUCUGAAAAAAGCAAUGUGAGCAAUGUGACUGCACCUGAGAUAACAGGAAUCGAUGAUAAAGAAGCAUCUUCAAUGUCCACAGAGGAGAAGUCGACUCCAAGAACAAAGAUUAGGAAAAAUGACAAAGGGUUGAAAUACUUGUACGGUUAUGUGUUUAAUAGGCAAAGACAUGAUGAGAGGCUAAAGCGGGGUGGGGAACAAAAAUCUGUAGUGAUAUUAUCUCAUAAUCCGUACUCUGGUGUGUUCAGACCUUUGUUACAAAUCAUGGGUCCUUUAUAUUUUGACAUGGGAAAGAAAGCUCUUGAGCAUAUUGCUGCUUAUGUUUCAAUGUGGCCUGCCCCAGUACCUGGUAAGCUAAUGGAGCUUCCUAUUGGGAAUGCCAUGCUUAAAGUUAACCUGCCACCUGCUCAUAGCUUGCCCCUGGAAAAUGGGAUGUUUGAAGAGUCUGCUUCUUCUAUAGCUCCUUUUCUUCCAACAAAUCAGUCAGUACCACAGGGACUUUUUCAUGAUUCUGAUAUUUUUGGUACAUUCCGGGGAAUUUUAUUGCAACUUUGGGUGUUAUGGGAGUUGUUACUUAUUGGUGAACCCAUUCUUAUCAUAGGACCAACACCUUCCCAGUGCAGUGAGGCAGUUGCUAGUCUUGUAAGUUUGGUUGCGCCACUGUUAUAUAGUGUUGAUUUUAGGCCAUAUUUCACCAUCCAUGACCCUGAAUUUGCUUGUUUGAAUUCACUUCAAGGAGACUCAUUCCCUCCCAUUGUUUUGGGAGUGACAAACCUGUUUUUCCUCAAAGCACUUCGUAAUAUUCCCCACAUUGUUUCAGUUGGAAGCCCUGCUCCAAAUUCAAACCGGCUUCCCUUUUCAAACAGGUCCUCUUCUGGUAGGAUGCCUGGAAGACCUGAAGGAUUGGGUCUUCAACAGCUUUCCUUAAAGAAGUUUUCUCCUUCAAGACUGUUAAAUGCUGUUAAAUUAAGAAGAGAUGGUCCUCUUUGCCUUAUGACAGAACAUAAGGAAGCCAUUUGGAGCACUUAUACUGCAACAACAAAGCCAGACACUUCUAUUUUGAAUAGACUCAUUGAUGCUGGGAUGUCUCCAAGGGUUGAGGAGUCAAUGUCAGUUGUCAAUAAUGAGAUAUUGCGACGGCAUUUCUUGGAACUCACCACCAACUUUUUGGCUCCCUUUGGCCCAUUCUUUAGAGCAAACACACCUUCAGAAGGAUCUUCUCCUUUUGCUGACCCUCCUCCUCUCCCUCCAUUUAGCACUGAUGAAUUCUUGGCAAGCCUAUCAGCAAGAGGUGUGGGGAAGUUCUUAUCAAAGCGGAUGAGAUCUAAUUGGUUGGACUUAUACAGACGGUUUCUAAAAGGACCCAACUUUAUGCCAUGGUUUCAAAGAAGGCGUGCUGUUGCUGAACAAGAACAACAUAGACUAUGGAGGCAAGCAAGAUUGAAGACUGACAUACAACUAUUCCUUUCUAAAAUGUCUGAAUUGGAGGUUGUUGAUUCAUUCAAUGCUAUUGAGAGGCAUCUCAAUGGAGAGAUUGAGCUACGGUCGUCUGGAAGGGCUAGUGCAGACUCUGCAGCAACUUGCCAGAAACUGAAGAAAGAUCUCCAGGCAGUGUUCAAUGUUCUUCCCAAAGACAUGCAGCAGCUUCUGCUCAUGAACCCGGAAAGAGCAGCCCUUCUACAAGGAAUUCCAGAACCAACAAAACUUCCAGGCUAUCCAUCAUUAGAAAUUGGGGUUGCUCCUUCCACUUCACCCAGAUAGUAUGCAAAGCAUGGGUAUGAGCAUGUUGGACCUUGUGCAGUUCUUCUCACAUUGCUGAAGGAUGACAUAGCUUGUAACAAUUGUGUGUCCUUCAUUCAAUCACAGGAUUGGAGAUAAUUUCUCCACUUUGAGCAUGGUUCUUCCCCUUGAUGCAUGAGAAUCACAAUGGUAUAUGCCCUCCCCAAGAGCACUUGAGAUAACCUUUAUUAUUUUGCAGUCAUGCAAACAAAUGGGAUUGUUCCAAGCUUAUGGGAAAUUGGUCUUUGAAUAUCUAAUGAAAAAUGAAGACUGAUGUUGUUUUUGUUCUGAAUUUGUCUACAAGUUGUCAAUCAAUCUGUAUAAUCACUUGGGGCAGAAUUCCCACCUGUAGAUUUUAUACUUCCAACUUUUUUUAGUCCCCUGCACUGGCAGUGCUUGAUGUUUUUUGUCAAGAACAUUGCCAAAAGGAAAUAUUGGUCUUUCUUUUUCCCCCCUUUA